AUGGCAGUCUUCUCCACAUUGGUUACCCUCGCCAGAUUUUUCCCAAAUUCCUUUAUCUUCUCGAAUUCACUAACGCAGUUUGGUGCUAUAUGUGGUGUCUUCACAGUACCCAUUAUUGUCGAGAGGUCGCUUGAAGCGUAUGGCUAUGACGGUGCCUGUCUCAUCUUAGGUGGGAUCUCACUUCAUGCUGUGGUCUCUGCGAUGAUUCUUAGACCGCCAAAGGACCUCCCUUCGAGGACAGAAGAAAAUACGCAGCUGAUGGACGCACAUCCGCCAAGUGAUAGUCACUCUAUCAUGGAGAACGAGGAGCAUCAAGGAUGUUCAUAUUGGGGAACUGAAUCAGAUAAUGAUGGCUUCUCACGCUCAAACACUCAAUACAUGCAGGCGGUAGUGGACUUCUUUCAUUCUCUUCCCUCAGUUGGAGAGUUGUUCAAAUCUUUCAUUCUUGUCGAAGAGCCAUUAUGUACACUAGUUAUGCCUGCCGUCUUCUUGGCUAACUACGUAUUUUAUGCUUGGCUCUUAUUCCUAGUGCCUCACGCAGAGGAUUUUGGAAUAGAACCAUCAAGAGCCGUACUUUUGUCUUCGAUUGCAGGCAUAGCUGGUACAUUUGGAAGCAUUGUCUUUGUGGUCCUCCUUCACUUUAACUACGACUCAACAAUCAUCAUCAUUUUCUGCUGCUCGAUGUCUGCCAUCUCUUUCUGUUUGGACACACUCAGUUCGUCGUUCAUGUUCUUAGCAAUAAUGGCUUGUUUUCAAGGUUUAUUCCUGUUCGUGCUUCAAUCCGUUACAUCCGUGAUGGCGAAGCUAGCAGUAAGAGAUGCAGAGAAUAUACCGAGUGCACUCUCCCUCUUUUUCUUCAUCGAAGCAGUUGGUAUAGGAGUGGGAGAUACAAUAUCAGGGCACAUAUAUGAUGUCACAUCUUCGAUGCACACAGUCUUCAUAUCGUUUGGUAUUGCUCUUGUUGUUGCGAUGGUCAAUCUUAUCAUCUUUGCCAUCUUGGUUUGUUACAAGGCAUCAGUAAAAUCAGAUUCCUAG